UCACGCACACCACCACAAACGCAGCAUAACGCGUCGUUCGACGUCGGUGUUUGUGUCUACGUCACGUCGGUUUAAAUUAUGUUUUAACUUCACGCAACUGCGAAAGUUACUCAAUCGAAGCUCAUAAUGCUCCCUCAAUUGCAUAACAGCACUUACGCAUGAAUGUGUGUGUGUGUGGGGAAACGCUAGAGGACCGAAACACACCACACCGGGCAACGGCAACGGAAAUACACGGUGGAAGAAGCUAAAUUUUAGUAAAAACAGAGUUUUGACAAAAACUAUACAAACAUGUCCGCCUGCUGAAUAGCGAUCAACUAUCGCAUCAUUACCAACAAACAGUAUUCGCUCGAACAAGCAGCACAUAACCCCAAAAGUCACCACGGUAUAUUGGAAGAGGUUGAGAGCCGUCGCUAAACAGAAAGUGCAGCCCUGGAAAAUGGCAUUCUCGGCGCACUGUUGACCUGGCCACACUGACCAGCCCGAUUUAGUUGCUGUUUUUUUACAUAACUCGCCACAUUCGUUCGCCUCGGGAUCCGUGAUAUAUAUAUAUACAUAUAUGAUAAUAUAAUAUAUUAUGGCCGUUUUCAUGAUCAACGUCUGCAAGUACAAUGGCUGCGGCAUCACAUUUCCGAGCUUGAGCGAUCUGAUUUCCCACAUCGAGGACACCCAUAUAGACUAUGACCCAAAGGUGGUCGAACAAAAGGAGCAGGCCCAGCCUGCCUGCCUGCCCUUGAGCUACGUCCUGCGCUUCAUCACCGAGGAGAACCGCAAGGAAGCGGGCUCGUUCCUGGCCAGCAACACAACCGCCCCACCGACCAGCAAUAGCGGAUCCAAUUCCGCUGGCCAUGGGAAUGGCAACGUGGAGCUCAAGCGAAAGCUGGCCAUUAAGCACCACAGCUACAGUAUGUCCUCGUCAAAUCGUAGCACCACGCCCACGGGCAGCGAAAUGGACGAGGACGAAAUGGUGGUCACGGAGUCGGAGGAUAGCAACGACUCCUGGACCACCGAGGAGUUCAGCUCCGAGUUUAUCAUGCGCUAUGGCAGCAGGCAUUCCGGUGGCGGAAACAAUGGCACGCCCGGCAAUGAGAAACCAUUCGCCUGCCCUGUUCCGGGAUGCAAAAAGCGUUACAAGAACGUGAACGGCAUCAAGUACCAUUCAAAGAAUGGCCACAAAAAGGAUGGAAGAGUUCGCAAAGGUUACAAGUGUCAUUGCGGCAAAAGCUACAAGACGGCCCAGGGCCUGAAGAACCACGCUCUGCACACCCACAACUCGCAGCCGGAUAGCGUGCUGAAUGCCCAACUAGCCAAUGCAUUGGCUAUCGGCGAUGGCGGCAGUUCGUCUGCUACGCCUGUGGGCAUCAGCAACAGCUCCACCAAUCCGAACCCGCCGCCCGUCAUUCAGCGCAGCAAUUCGCCGUCGCAGUCGUUGGGCUCUUUGAGCCCUUCGAGCAUCAGCAACAUGUCGAGUAGCGCCAGCAGUUGUCACGGAGGCAGCAGCAGUCUGUCCAAUGGAAACAACAACAACAAUGGCAACAAUGGUAGCAACACCAGCAACACUGCCAUUCUCACCGGCAAUGGGAAUGUUCUGCAGCAGCUCAGCGCCGGGAAUGUGGUCACCCUGACUAAUCUUCCUACCCAGCAACCACAGCAGCAGCAGCAACUCCAUCAAAACACUGCAACAGAAACCUCUUACUCCUGCUCAAACAACAGCAACCUCAGCAAUCCGAACAGCAACCACAGUAGCAGCGACUCCAGCAAGCCGCCGACAAUGGUCCUGCCCGUUGCAAAGAGGUCCAUAGUGACCGCUGCAGCGAAGCCAGCCACCACCGGAAACUCCCUGCCCAUGCAGAUCUCGCCCAACUUCAUUGAGCACAAGUACGCGGGGUUGCCCAUGAAGGAGAAGUUCUUCUUGAACUUUAGGGCCGGCAAAACAGUGUCCAGUUCAUCGGGUGGCGAUGGCGUGGCCACAAGCUUGGGACACCAGUCGGAUGUGGGCAUUUCUGGAGGAUCAGGAGGAGGCGGCGGCUUGCGGGCGGUUGCUGUGGGCCAAAUGUGCGCGCUGCAAAACGAGCACAUUCACCAAAACCUCUUCAAGAAAACGAUCAACUGAUCGUCAGAUCGGAUGAGGUGAGGAAGGAGAGAGGCGCAAACGCUGGACGCCGCUGAAAAGCAAGAGAGUUGGCUGUGAUGAAGUAGUAACUAACUGAUUAACAAACGGGACGAGAGGCGGAGAAAGAGGAUUCCUCAAUAAGGCAGAGAUGGGAAGGAAGCAGAAGCUGCGGCAGUUUAAGGAGGAGGGAUUAAAGAAGUGAGGGAGCUGGGCGCCGCCCUAACAUCCUUAGAGAAGUUUUCCAAGACAAGGCAACACGAAGCAACAGUUUACAUUGGCUUCCAAACGUAAUAACACAAAAUGCAAAAAACAAACAAAAAAAAAAAAAAAACAAAACAAAUUCCAUGCAUUUCGCAAUUGUGAAAAAUUCACCCAAAAGCACACAAAAAGAAACAUCAAAACUAAUCUCAACCAUGUUAAGCAUGCCUGCUUAGAAAAGCUUCUCUAAAACAGCUUUAGAUAAUUUGAAAAUGGAAAAAAAAACGAAACAAAACAUAAAAUUCGAAAAAAAGAAUAAUACACAACACAAAAUUUUAGAAAAUACAUUUGGAGAAUGUUCUUCAACUAGUCAUUAUUGUAGUUAAAUUAAAUUUUGAUUUUAUAUACGCAUAACAACCAGACCUUUCUGAUCGACUGGUUGGCGGAAUUUCCGGAACCUAUAUAUAUAUAUAACUUUAGAAGCUACUUACCCCUGUACAAUUUCAAUGAAAUCAUCUUUUAAAGGGGGUUCCCCCAGCCAGUUGUUUCAACCAUUUUAUUCAAAAAUCAUACAAAUUGUCCAAAAGAGCUCCGCAGUUUAUUGAGGGAGGAGAGUGGAGCAGGGAAACUGUAAGCGUUCUCCUGUGAUCCACUUGAAUUAGGAAAAUUAUAGGUCGCCAACUUGCCAAGGCAACUUCGAGCGAGCCGAGCGAAAGAACGGAGAUGCAAAAUUGAUAAAUGUCGAAUAUUUCAAACAUAAAAUAGUUAGCUAAAAAUUUAGGGGAAGCCAGGAGGCGUUUCCACUUAGGAGCCACAAUAACUACAGUAGUUAUAGUAUUUUAAUUAUAAAUUACGCUAUUAUUUAUACCACAGAGAAUACAUCUGUAGCUGUGUGAGUGUGUGUCCGUGCAUGUAUUGUAACUGUUUAUUUAUAGUGUUCAAACGACCCUAAAAGUAAAGUCCCUAAAACAAAAACAAAAACAAAAAUACAAAAUACAAAAUACAAAAUAUACGAUAUGAAUACGAAAAUAUAUUUGUGCAUACUCUC